AUGUUUGCUCUUCGACGGAUCAUUGCCCGCCCUAUGUUGCGCGUAGCGACGCGUCAGAUUCACGUGACGCCACGUCGCUUCGCCUCUGCCGAUCAGCCGCCCAACAUGCAGCAGCUCGAGUCAAUGAUGAAUGACCCUCAUAUUCGUGAGACGUUCGAGAAGUUGAGCCGCCAUCCCCCGGCUAUUGAGGCCAUGCAGAAGAUGGGAGAUAUCAUCAAGAGCAAGGGGCUUGCGACUUCAGGGCCACCGAGCAAGAUGGACAUCAUGAAGCUCAUGAUGGAUAAGGAGUUUCGCGAUGCUGCUACAAAGUUGACGACCGAAAUGCAAAAUGCUGGUGUUGAGAUUAACCCUGACGUCUUCAUGAAGAUGAUGCAGGGCGAGAAAUGA